AACGUUGCAAUGUAAAUUUACCUACAGAUAAGGCCUGAAGGACUACACCGUGGCGGUAAGAACUCAAUAGCCAGCCACUUGCAAUUGCUAGGCGACCUUGCCACUAUGUACACCUGCCAGCUUCCUAAUUGUUAUGUGAUCUUCAGCGAAGGAAUGCCGUCCGAAUUUGCGACCACGUUGGCGCCGGGUGACAUUCCAUAUUUGACGAUGGCGGAGCAACGAAAACCGAGCUCUUACAAGUUUGUGCCAAAAAUUCCGUGGGCUGCAUAAGGCUGCAACAGGUGGGUUGCGAAUCUGAUAACAGUCUAUUGACCAUUCGGGUAUGUUAUGCAUAGGUGGCUGUCGUCACUCUGGCCUUAUAUGAUUCUGUGCAAUCAUCCGAAGGUCGAUGAGGCUGGCAGUUAUUCCAGAAUUGGCGGGAGUUGAGUUCUAUUCACAGUUAAGGCCCCGAGGUGCAGCCAGGGAGUGAAACCUUGCAAGGAUCAAUCCAGGGUCCAUCCAGGGUCUUCCUAGGCCAGAUCGUGGAAGCUAAGUUUCAGUCCGAACUAUUGCGUUGAAACGAAACAAUGUGACGAAAACCAAGUGUCAUCAAACAAGCGAUCGGCUCAAGACACAACGUCAGAUUGGCGCGAUUUGCUGAUGUGGCCGAGUUUCGCAGAAUUAUUGAAACACGCUUUGCUAUCCUGAGCCGAGGGGGAUUCGGGAUUUCCCAGUCGAACACUAGAAACGGCUGUAGGGGAUCGCUUUAGCGAGUUUUGCACCCACUGCCUGGCAUGAACCCAACAAAGGACACAUCGGACGCAAGACACGGCUUCCUUCUUACAGCUGUUCAUGAAUCUCCUUCACUGGCCAAACCAUCAAUGUGGUCCUCCUCCAAACCACUAGAGCAUCGAGCCUCCCAACCGGCAGGGGCCGCCGCCGCCGUAUCCGCAAUGGAAUUCAUUAGCGACACUUCUCUUGUGCAAGUCACCGUGGACGAGCACGGCGUCGCCAUCUUGAAAAUCAACCGCCCUGAAAAACGAAAUGCACUCUCUCAGAAAACCAUCGACAGACUCGUAUCGGCCUUUGCUAUGGUUGAACGAGACAGUAAGGUCAGAGUGGCGAUCUUAACCGGUAGCAGGACGGCGGGCCCUUUCUCAGCGGGGGCUGAUCUAAGCGAGCUACAGCAUCUCUCGACGUCCGAGGCGUACAGAAUUGGUUAUCUGAAAGACUUGUCGGAUGCAGUGGCUGCGAUGCGAAAACCUGUUAUCGCAUCAGUUGCUGGGUUUGCUCUAGGUGGCGGAUUCGAGCUUGCCAUGAUGUGCGAUAUCAUCUAUGCCGCAGAGGACUGCAAGUUCGGUUUACCAGAAUUAACAGUAGGAACAAUUCCUGGUGCUGGCGGCACGCAACGAUUGACGAGGGCUGUGGGCAAGCAGAAGGCUAUGCACAUGAUUCUCACGUCUUCGACCAUGACCGGAAAAGAAUUGGAGCAACUUGGGUUGAUCGCCCAGACAUUUCCGGUCAAUGAGUUGUAUGGCGCAACUGUUGCUGCGGCACGGAAAAUUGCCUCUCGCUCCAUGCCAGUUGUGCAGUUGGCAAAGCAGGCAAUACUGAACGCUGAUGAAAUGAGUCUGGAUGCCGGGUUGAAGAUCGAGCGAAGUUUGUAUUAUGGUUCCUUUGCACUUGAAGAUCGAACAGAAGGGAUGAAGGCAUUUGUUGAGAAGAGACAGCCUGUAUUUAAUGACCACUGAUCGUUAUGGCCUCCAACACGUCUCGGCUUGUCAUGAUUAUUUGACGAUAUGUUGACGACUCAUGUAAGUAUAAUACCGCCAAGAUGUUAUGAUGAGGCAAACUCCUUCGCAGUAUCGCAAGAGCUUCCCAAUUGAGGUAGACGGGGGGAACUACCGAAUUGUUUACACUGCCGGCCUAUCAACUGCAUUCUCCAAACAUGUGCUCGUCCAUUAUCAUAAAAGUUUGGAUGGUCAGGGGCGCACCCCCCUCUCGGUUGCUUGGUCCGACGGCACCUGGAUAGGCUACCUGCCGAACCUGGAGAUGCAUGGUAGGCUGCGUCAAGGUGUGAUAUCACAUCGCGCUCAACACACUCAAAGUGAUACCAUACUUCCGCAUCAAGAAUUUACCGUAUCUGAGCAUAUUUGAGGAAGGUGUCGCUCUGCUAGCGCAAAAGCAAGGAACAGUUGCUGUGGAAGAAACAACCUUCGUAGGCGCUUGAUUGGAGAAGAUUGCGCAUGCAUGGGUAACAAGCCCUGCGAGCUCGUAUCAGCUUAAGCUCACUCGAGCAAGUUGAUCACGGGGUGUGAACGUCCCAAUGCACAGAAACUCACAAAAGGAA